AUGGAUCGCGUUCCUGCCUCUUCGUCUCCAGGCUGCGACGGGUCUGACGCAGGUACGUCGCUGUCGGACUCUCCGUUUUCUGCGCCUCGGUCGCCGGCCCUCCUCGCUGCAUGCGCCCGCGAGUCCCCCACCGCGGCGUCAGGUGUUUCGACACUCCCUCGGGGCGACGUUUACCUUCUGCCUCUGGCGCAGCCCCCGCCUCUCUGGUCUCCGCCGUCGUGUCCCCUCCCGGUCAACCAUGUUGUCGCGUCGUCCUCCCUUUCUUCUUCACCUCUUCCGCCCUCUCUCUCUUCCGCAUCUUCGCCGUCCUCUUCGUUCCCUCCGUCAGCUCCACUCUCUGACGAGUCGCUUCCGUCGCGCGCGGCCGCUCUCGCUCCAGCUCGGCCCUGUCUCUGCGCGCCCCAACUGUCUCUGGUGUCUCUGCUGGAGGCGCAGGAGCCCGGCGCGUGCGGGCGGCGGCUGCUGGAGUGUCUGACGCUGAACGACUUGGCGCGUCUCCGCGGCGUCUGCCGCCAGCUGAAGAGCCUCGUGGAGAAGAGGGAGUCGCUCUCCGUGUGCGGCGCCGUCGUGCUGAAGAGACGCUGGUGGAGUAGCUGGUCGUCCACGGCGGGCUCCGCGUCGAAACUCGCCUGCCUCCCUUUCUGGCGGGGAGUCAUCGCCUCGCACGCAGACCUCCGCGACGUCGUGUGCCACAUGGAAGGGGCGCAGGCGAUGUCCGACGUGAAGGCUGUCUCCGAACUGAUCUUCCGAAACAGCCGCUCUCUCCGGAACUGCGAAAUCCACACGGACCCCUUCCCCGACCCAAUGCAUCGCGGCGGACCUUCCUCCUCGUCCGCGUUCCGCCUUCUCCCCUCGCCCCCCGCCGGCGAGGAAGGCCUCGAAGCCUUCUUCUUCCCGCGCCUCGAGCGCCUCGUCCUCUCGGGCACGUGGAGCGUCUACUGGCUCGUCGCGCUCACUGCGCCUCACACGGCGCACGCGCAGGCGCCGCGCCUCAGCGCAUGCACCACCCUCGAGCUCGUGGUCUCGGACCCUGCGGUCGCCCUCAAUUUCGGGUGCGGCGAGAAGAAGGAUUCGUCGACGUCCUCGGGGGCGCAUUUUGGCGUACCCGCUUCCGCCUUUGCCCGACAGCGAACGAGCCUCCACCACGGCGGCCCGAACCCUCGGGAGGGGGUGCCCGGCCAGCUGAGAAGCCCCGAGGGAAAUCCCCAUGCAGUGGGCGUGUGUGAGGCGAGUGCAGGGGCGGAUCGGCUUCCAGGCGGCGCCGCGCGCAUGCGCUUCCCGGGUGGACACACAGUCGAGGCGAGUCGAACUGAGGGCGGGCACAGAGUGCCUGGACUCGGCGCCGAGUCAGCCUGUUCAGCGCUUCCUGGACAGGAGGGAGGUGACCCUCGCGGGGAGGGACGAAGAGAAAUCGCCGAGAGACGCCAAGACCGCACGACCUUCGUGUCGCAGUGGCAGGGCCAUCCGAGUCCUGGGCCUUACCACGCGGGACUGCCUCCCUCGAUGGCUGCAAGGGACCAAGCCGAUGCUCCCGCGUUCUCGUCUUUCCCGGCUUCCUGUCCGUCCUUUUCGUCUUCCUCUCCGUCGGCCUCCUCUUCUUUCUCGUCUUUCUCUCCUUCCUCUCCUUCCUCUUCCUCUUCCUUCUCUUCUUCCUCUCCGUCGGCUUCCUCUUCUUUCUCUUCUUCCUCUCCUUCGUUUGCUGCUUCCUCCUCCCCCUCGCUUUCGUCCUCCUCUCCGGGCGCGUCUGCGCCGUCUUCGCUGGGUUCUUCUAUCCCUCACAUCGUUGUCUCUCCGUCGCAGCCUUUUGACUGGCUCCUGUACGCCGACAGCAUUUUUGCGGCGCUUCCGAAUCUGGAGAGGCUGGUCCUCGACGUGAGGGGCGGAGGCAGCGCGUUGCUUCUCCCUCCGUCGCACCCUCUCGCAGCGGAUGACUCGCCGGUGGCUGCGCUUCUCGGCACUCUUCAGCACCCCGCUGGCUCUGACCCCUCGCCGCACCAAGCUCUCGAGUCGGGAGGCCGCAUCUCCCGUGCGGUAACGUCUCCUUCUUCCCUGUCUCCGUCCGUUUCUCCUUCACUUUCUCCUUCUCUUCCUUCUCUCUCUUCUCUCCCUUCUCUGCAGUCUCUUUCUUCUCUGCCGUCCUGUCCUUCGCCUCCCUGCCCGUCUUUGGGGCGCGGAUCGGAAGCACACGGCAGUCCCCGCGGGGCGUCUCACCCCGCGACGCCCCGCGGGGACUCGCCGCGCCAGAGCCGCGUCCGAGACGGCGACGCCUCCGUCAGCUUUUUCUCGACCCAGCCGGGUGCGUGCACCCGAAACGCAUGCAGUGGCGGCGGCCAGCUGGGCGUGGCGAUUCUGUGGUGGCGACUCGUGCUGCGGCGCUGCCGGAACCUCCACGAGGUUGUCGUCGCUGCCGACGAUGCGGACCUUUUCUACGCCUUUGAGGUAGCGCGCAACUUGGAGACGCAGGCGCACCAAGACGCGCUAAACUCCCAAAAAACCAACGAAGAAGACCGCAAAGACAGGGACGGAGACACAGGAGAGGCCAGAGAGGAGGGUGAAUGGAAGCGAAGACGCCCGAUGGAGAGGCGUGGCGAGGGCGGGGACUGUGCGGCGUCACGGGGAGACGACAGGGCAGAAAACAAGACAGUGGAGACACGUGGAGAGACAGUCGAGACACGUGGAGAGACACGUGGAGGGACACGUGGAGAGACAGUGGGGACACGUGGAGAGAUCGGCACGGCUGCGGUGGAGAUCUCUGGAGCAGCACCGGCGGGGAUAGGUGGGGCGGGGAUCGUCGUGGAGAGGGCGGGGAUCGUCGUGGAGAGGGCGGGGAGUCGGCUGCGAAGACGCGAGGGAGAACGCGAGGAGACACCGGGGGCAGCGUCCGAAAGCGAUGGUCUUGCGCCUCCAGGAGACGCACAGGUUUCGUCGGUCUUGGGGAUUUCUUUGGCGACUGCUGACAAGGUCGAAGCGCUGCGAAAGAGGAGAAGAAGCUGGGUGGACUCGGCCGAGAGUGGGACGGAGACGGAAGCAUCCCGGCUGGCAGACAGGCGCUGUCUCGCCCUCGCACGCGUCACGGCUGUGGGUCCAGGCGCCGGUUUCUCGUCGCUCUCCUCGGUGUGCUGUCUCCUGGACGACGAGGCGCUGGUUUCCAACUGUCUCCUCGACGUCGCAGAGAGCGCCCACGCUACGGAGCGCGUCUCCUUCGACUUCGCGUGUGGGAUCCGGCUCUCGGCGCGGCUCCUCGGUGUCGAUACACUCGCCGAGAUGGUACAGAAACUGCUCCUGCUGUCCUCGGGACGGGCUGGCGACGCUGCGGAGACCGGGCGGAGUCUCGAGGCGAGCGGCGAGAGAAGCGCCGCAGGCGGGGGAGGUUCGCGAGAGGCAAGCGACGAGACGCAGCGGUUCUUCCUGCCGAUUUUCCUCUCGAGCGACGGCGGCGAGGCGUCCCUCGACGGCGCUGACGAAGAGACAGAUUUGUGCACCAUUCGGAAUGGCCUCUUCCCCCGCCGCAGCUGGGUCCGCCGACUUGCCCUCGACAGCUGCUCGUACACCGUCACGGUUGCGAAUCACCCGGGCCAGGAGCGCUGCAGUCGGGUGUACCUCCACUGGCUGUGUCGGCCGCACGCUAUUCGAAAGCAGGAAUCUUGCCACGUGAGCAAAUCGCAGGUGGCCUCUUCAGCGCACUCUCUUCCGUUCCACGCAUCCUCAGAGGGCCGAGCCCGGAGACGACCAGAAGAACACGUGCCUGCCGACUCUCAGCUGUCAAGCGCCGCUUCGCUUCCCGAACGCAGCCGCGCGCACUCGCCUCUUCCUGCCUUAUCGAGGCCUCUUCCGCACGCUCUUUCUGCGCCUUCUCCGCGUCCACUCUCUUCUCUCUCUUGUUCCUCUUCUUCCGGUUGCCACAGUCUUUCUUCGGAGUUUUCUCUGCUGCUGCCUUCUGUCCAGUUUCUGGCGCCAGGCGGGCGUCGCGCACGCGCAGCUGUUCAGGCCGAGUUGCUGCCUGUGCUGCGGUUGCUGGUCUCGUCGCCGGAGCUCCAGGCUGGUGCCCAAGCCGCCCGAAGCGCGGAGCGGGGCGAGCGGGCCUGUGGCGCGAAGCCCGACGGAGACGCGCGGCCGGGGCCGGUGAAGUCGGAGACAGAGGACCCGAGCAACUCGGUGGCUGAGAGUUGGAACGGGUUUGACUCCGGCGCGCCCCGCGGCGCAGAAGACUCGGCUUGGAGCGAGAAAAGAGCAGAGGAAAGGCUGCGGGGGGCGUCGCCCGUGCACCCACAAAGUGAAGCCGCGCAGGAAGUCGCACGCCUCUCGCUGCUCAACGGCGCAGAUUACGACCACGCUGUCAGCCUCCUCAAUUCGGCCUCAGGGCCGCCAUCGGUUUUUUCCCGUGCGGUCCCUUCACCCUCUUCCUGCGAUGCUUCCUCUGUCCUCUCCUCCUUUCUCUCCCGUGCAGAUUCCACCUCGCACCCUGCCUUCUCUCAUGCCUCUUCCUUAUCGCAUUCCUCUUCCUCGUCUUCCGCGUCUUUCUCUUCGUCCUCUUUGUCUCGGUCUUUGCUGCCGUUGGGUUUUGUGCUCGGUGCGUGCCCCGCGGGGGGGUGUUUUACUCGGCCCUGGGACGUGGAGAGAGAAGCGCUGGUCCUGAUUUGUUUGGACGCGGUCCUCCGCGAAAGUUGGCGCGGCGUGGAAAUCUACUUCCGGCUGUCUCCGCUCGACGGGGCGCUUGAGUGUCGAGGCCGGAACCUCCUGCGGUGCCUGACGAGGCUGCGCAUGCAAGGCCCAGUUUCACCCGCGCAGAGGCGACAGACAGAGACCGAAACGCUGUCCAACCACGAAGCGUGGGCAACGCCCAAAACUCCCAACCUUCUCGAGACAGAGACAGGUUCGCACCUCGACGGGAACCGCGAGUCCUCGAAACUCGCGAUGCAGGCUGAAUCGGAGGGGAGUCACAAGGUGCCGAGUGGGGAAAGACAGGACACCGCGGCGAGAGCGGCACAGGACAGGACUUUGGACGUGUCGCGGUUUGACCACUGGCGCUGUCUCUCGUUUUCCGACUCGUCCUCGCUUCUUCCUUCUGCCACAGUUCUGGGCCCGCAGGCGAGUGCGCCGCACCUGGUCCCGCCGUCGCUUCUUCUUCUCCGAAUCGCCAUCGGGCCGGAAGUGCCCGGGGAGAACGUGAUUGGCGGCGAGCGCAGGGAAGAGCGACGGUUUCGAGACGACUUGCUGGCCUUCCUCGGAGCGUACAGCGAUUCGCUGCGCUUCGUCGAAGUCGAGGCGACGCACCAUCGCCUGCGGGAAGAAGAUCCGCGCCUCGUGGCGCUCCACUGGCCUCUCGCACUGCAGCGGGCGCAUGCGGCGCUCCUCGACGCAGGUUUCCGCGUUCGGGGCGUCUUCAAAGGCGCCACGCCCAGAGACUUCAUCCGUCUCUAUGAACGGGCCGAAUAA